AUGCCAGUUGAGGAUCUACCCGCUAAAGAAUUUGUUUAUGAAAAAGAUAAAAAAUUUCAAUAUAAACGUACGCCGGUAGAAUCAAACAGUACGUUGUCCAGGAAAAGAAAUUAUGAUAAUGAUGACGACGAAGAAGUAGCAGAAAUCGUAAGAAAUUACAUUGAAAAAGACGAAAUUGGCCGAGGAAACUUUGGUGUUGUGUACAAGGUUGAACAAUCAUCUAGUGGAAAGUUUUGGGCCUUAAAAGAAAUAAAAUGUUCGUCUAAAACUGAUGUAAAGGAGGCAAUGAAGGAAGUUAAUAUGUUAAAAGGAUUGCGUCAUCCCUAUAUUUUACAGUUCGAGGAAGCAUUCGUCAUUUACCGUGAAAACGAACGAUAUACUUGCAUCGUAACAGAAUAUUGCAGCAACGGAACACUAAAUGAUCACCUCGCUAUUGAAACUACUAGAAAGAACAACCAUCGUUGGAUGGUAGAGCUAGCUUCUGCAAUGAAAUAUUUACAUGAACACCAGCCAGUUAUUGUACAUAGGGACUUAAAGCCCGAAAAUAUCUUCAUCACCGCACAAGGUUGUUUAAAAGUAGCUGAUUUUGGAUUGGCUUUGCACAGUAUUAACCAACAACAGUUCGAACGUUACAGUACAAAUGUCGCCAGCGACAGAAGUGUAUGCGGAACAAAAAUGUAUCUUGCGCCUGAAAUUUACGACCAAAUCUACGCCAAAGAAGGCGAUAUUUUCUCGUUGGGGUUGAUCUAUUGUACAAUGAUUGAACGAACCUUUGUGAAAGUUGGAGGAAAGUGUCAUUAUGCUGUGUAUUUUAAGCAAGAGAAUGAAGGAAAAUGUAGUAUAAUUCCUGUAGGAGUUCAUAUGAGAUAUUCCCGCAACAGCAAUCACAGAAUCGACUUUUUAUUCCGUAAAGCAAACGAUUAUGAAAAAUCACUAAUAAAGCUGAUGCUGCAGCGUCAUCCAGCAGUUAGACCUCCUGCAUCUGAUAUAUACAGGCGCUGUAGGUGGAUGGAGUCUGUUGAUGGAAAGUCCAAUCACUAUGUUAUACUUAAAACAGUAGUUGGAGACGUCAAUAACAUAGUUAAAGACGAGUCCUUACGUUUUACGUUAUUGGGACCAUCCGAUAGGGCAAUUAAGCAUCAUACGAGGUUGAUACUCUACUUACAUCGUCUACAGGAUGUAUUCGUCUCCUUGAUGACUGUAACAAAUUGUGAACUAUACCCAGCAUUGAGAUAUGCGCUUAAUAAUAAUCUCACUCAAGGCAAUAUAUAG